UGCUUCCUUCCCCUUCAGCCACAUACACAGGAAAGUAGUCCCAGCUGUUUGAUGGCCAUGCCGAGCACAGAAUCUACUGGAAGAAGCCGGAGGACAGCCAAUACCAAUCAGGGAUUCCUGUGUCCGCUCUGCAUGCCACGGUACUGUAAGAAGAGAACUAUGGAGGUCCGGGGUCUAUCCCCCCGCUCUUCCCUUUACUUUGCUGUUUUGUGUAUUUUCUGUUUGCUUCAUUGUGUAUGGGCUGGCUCCAGCCAGUGGGACCACCUCGGCGCUGAAUAUGUUGAAGGGGAGACCAUGUUCCCAGAUCCAGGAGUGGAUGACCUCAGCCAGGAACUCAUCCAUGGUGACCCCGAUCUAGUGGCAGAACAGCAUGUGGUGACAAUGCCUGGACAUUGGGAGGAGUCCGCCUUCCAGCCCUCCGGGGGCUUCUCCACCCAAGAUAUGGGUACUGUGAUGGUAGACUCUUACAGGGGUCCCGGUAACACUGACACAAGGAGUAACAAAGAGCUGCCGAUUCUUCUAUGGUGGAGCGAAAACUUGUUCCCACACUUUCCGGGGGACACUGAGCGGAUCGACUGUCCCCAGAGCUCUUGUAUGGUGACAAAGAACAAAAGUGUGAAACUUCACAAGAGGACUAAAUCUAUCAUCUUCUAUGGAACGGACUUCAGGGCUUAUGAAGCCCCCCUUCCUAGGCUGCCCCAUCAGACAUGGGCUCUGUUUCAUGAAGAGUCCCCCAUGAACAACUAUGUUCUGUCACAUCUACCAGGGGUCAGGCUGUUCAACCACACAGCGACCUUCCGACGAGAGUCUGAUUACCCCCUCACCUUACAGUGGCUGCCCACUAUCAGUUAUUUACAGCACCCAGCAGUGUCUCUAGCAGAGAAGAAGAAAUGGCGUGACGAGGGCUAUGCCCCCAUACUCUACAUGCAGUCCCACUGCGAUGUUCCAUCGAAUAGGGACCGCUAUGUGAAGGAGUUAAUGAAAUACAUACAGGUUGAUUCUUAUGGCCAUUGUCUGAAGAAUCGCCAACUCCCAAAUAAAAGACUUGAGGACACUUCAACAGCCACUACUGAAGAUCCAGAAUUUAUGGCUUUCACCUCCAGAUAUAAGUUUCACUUAGCCAUUGAAAAUGCCAUAUGUACUGAUUAUAUGACUGAGAAGCUUUGGCGCCCAAUGCAUUUAGGGGCUGUUCCCAUUUACCGAGGCUCACCUUCUGUGAAGGACUGGAUGCCCAACAACCACUCUAUCAUAUUGAUUGAUGAUUUUGCUUCACCUAAAGACCUGGCAGGCUUUAUCCUCUCUUUGGACAGAAAUGAUGAAGAAUACCUGAGAUACUUAGAAUAUAAAAAACCUGGCCAAACCACGAACAAGUUCCUGGUGGAAAAUCUAGAGAAGCGAGAAUGGGGAGUGAAUGACAUGACGGCUCCUAACUACCUCAAUGGCUUUGAAUGCUUUGUAUGUGACCAGGAAAAUGCAAGAGUCAAAGCAGAGAAGAAACAUAGAAGGGGAAAAGGUCCAGCUCCUGCUAAACACAUUGCUGCGCACAAUCAUAUGGGAUGUCCUAUGCCUGUGCCUGGCCUGGGAAGUGCGGAGGAGCUUCCAGAAGAUGAUAGCUGGAAGCAGAUGUGGCUCCAGGAUUACUGGCAAGGUUUUGACCAGGGAGAAGCUCUUACGGCCAUGAUUUUAAGGAAUGAAACAAGUCAGGAAAAAUUUUGGGAUUUCAUGCAUGAAAUGUUUUAUUAAAAGGAACAUGAAUCACUGA